AUGCACCCCCAGCUGCUGAGCCGGCGCGGGCAGGAGGCCCUGGGUCAGAUGGCCAGGUGUGUUGAACGUCCACCGGCCGUCCGACGGGCGGCCACCCUGGGCCUGGCGGCGCUGCUGGCCCGCGUGCCGGGGGAGGGUGCGGCGCGCGAGGGGGAGCGCCUGCUGGCCUCGGUAUGUAGUGGCGAGGAUGGCGGGACGCCAUCGCAGACCAAGGCUCUGCGCCGUGCGGUGGGCGGGGCCCUGCAUGCGUCCGAGUCCGUGGCAGCUGCACCAUAUAGGCCCCCCGCGGAGGCUUGGCGCCCCCUCGGCGACGCUCCGCCGCCGCCGGCAGAGCCAGAGACCGCGGCCCUGACGCUGGCCGGCGCGGGUCCCGGCGCCGCGCGGCCGACGGCUGCGCGGAAGCUGGUCGAGGCGCUGGCCAGCGCAGCGCUGGGCUCGCGCGGCGCCGCGCGGCAGGGCGCCGCCCGCGGCCUGUGCGUGCUGCUGGAGGGCGGGACCUUGGAGCCUGAGCUGGAAAGUGCAGCCCUGGAAGCCCUGGAGAAGCUGGUCAUCGCGGCGCGCUCUGACCGGGACGCCCGGGAGGCCUGCUGGCCGGUCGUGGCCCUGUGCCUCGACACCAUCGCCAUGCUUAAGAAACGGCAGCGCCGUGCCGUCUCCAGCACCCCCUCGCUCGUCAACUCCAUGCUGGGCAUGCUGCGCGCGGACCCGGGCCUGCGCCCCGGUCCCGCCGCCGCCAUGCUCCGCGCGCUGAGCUGCCUUAAGCGGCUGCCGCCGGGGUCGCAGCUGGGCGGCAUCCUCCGACGUGCACUGGGGAGAUCCGCCAGCGGCGACUCGACAAAGCCGGCCCCUGGCAAGGCUGUGGGCGAGGAAUGCAUGGUGCACCCCAACAACCCCCUCGUCCUAUGGUCCAGCGCCGUGGAACUCUUAGCCGAGCACCCGCGCUGGGCGCCGGACGCGGCGCUGCUCCUGCUGGACGGCCUGCGCGACGACGGCGAGGCAGAGGAGGCCGAUUCGAGAUCUGCUUCGCGCAUGGGCCGCCAAGAGACCCUGGCAGAGCCUGCCCAAGGACCGGCCCUGGGCCCCAUGCCCCGGGGUGCCCGCGUCGCAGCGCUGCAGGCGCUCCCCGGUUUCCUCUCGGUCGCCCCGGAGCCCACAGGGUCACUCCGUGGCGUGUGUGCCGCGGUGCUGUGUAGAGAGCAGGACUCCCCAUCCCGCCUGGCAGAGCUCCAUGCCCUGCUGACAUCCCUGCGCCGGCUCCAGAGCGGGCAGGCAGAGACCAGCUCGAGCGCGCCGGGCGUGCUUCCCAGAGCCGCUGCCGAGUGCGUGCUGCGCUCCGUCCUCGACCAGACUCCCCCGACGCUGCCCUUCCUCUCGCUGUCUGACGGAGCUUCCAUUGGGGGACCAGUGCCUGAUGGAGCCGAGGCCGAGGGAAAGGCCCUAUCGCAGGCCGCACCGGGGUGCUUCCCCUCAGGUGCCAUCGCGCGGUGCUGGGACAGCAUCAUGGCCUGCCUCGCCCUCAUUGAUCCUGCCGAGGUGGAGGGUGCGCUGGCGCAGCGGCUGCAUGGCCGGCCCGAUGCGGGGGCCGAGUUUGCGCUGGCGAGCGCCGUGGCACGCGGCAUCCUGCCUGGAGAUGCGCUGCAGCUGGGCCUGAACGCCGUCCUGUUCGACCCUGGCGCGGCGACCCCCGGCGGCGAGGCAAGCCAAGGUCGGGGCGGAGGCUCCCUGCACCGGAGGUGUGGCUGGGUAGCGCAGGCGGCGGCCCGGCUCGGCCCGGGGCAGCAGCGACACUGGGUGACUACCACAUGCCGCAUGGCCCAGGGGGCGACCUCCCGGAGGGCAGCACAAUGCCUGGUCUCCUGGCUGGGAUUGGCCGUGGCGGGUGACACCUGGCUCUGCGCCUUCCCCGACGGCAGCAGCAUGGAGGAGGGUGUCCUGGCUCUCCUGCCCCAGGCCCUGGGCGACCUGGUCUUGGACAAGGACUGGGCCCCUUGUGUGACCGAAGCGCUGGUGGGGCCCCUGCGCACCUUAUUCCCCACUCAGGACUACCUGCAGUGCCUCUUUGCCGCGAGGCGUGUGCUGCCCGGGUCCAUGUGGGAGGAGCUCCUCUCUGGCUGGGACGGUGAGCUAGCAGUGGCCGUUGAAUAA